AUGGAAAGACUUAAAUCUCUUAAGAGUAUCCAUCAAAUUCCCAUUAUUGCCAUCCUAGAGCCUUUUUCUGAUAGCAUUCAGAUUCAGUACUUCAGAAAUCAACUCAACAUGGACCAUGCUAUUAGUAAUCCAAAUGGUAAGAUUUGGCUUUUUUGGACCAAUGAUGUAGACUGUAGGAUAUUGGAAAAUGAGGAGCAGUUGAUUACUUGUGAAUUUAAUCAUGUAAUGAAUCCAAAUCAGUUCAUAGUUACAUUUGUAUAUGCAAAAUGCAAAGAUCAUCUCAGAAGACCUCUGUGGGAUAGCAUGCUACAACAGUCAGCCACCUCCCUUCCAUGGUGCACAUUAGGUGAUUUCAAUGUUAUCACAAACCCUCAAGAAAAGUUGGGAGGUGUCACUUACAAUAUGAAAAAGAGCCUUGAGUUCAUCAGCAUCAUAGAAGCCUAUGGACUACAAGAUCUUGGGUUUUGUGGUCAGAGAUACACUUGGUCUAAUCUAAGGGGUAUAAUGUUCAGAAUCUGGAAGAGACUUGACAGAGGAAUGGUCAAUGAUAAGUGGCUAGAGAUGAUGCCUCAGACUACCAUUACUCAUCUACCCUCUGUGGGUUCAGAUCACUGCCCCUUACUGCUGGAGAUGACUGAUCAAAACCACCAACACACCAAAUAUUUCAAAUUCCUUAACUGCUGGACAGAACAACCAUCUUUCUUGGAUACUGUUAGUAAUUAUUGGAAAAGGACCAUGGAGGGUAAUCCAAUGUGGUAUUUCCAUCAGAAAAUGAAGAGGUUGGCAGCCACUCUUAGUACUUGGUCCAGAUUGCAAUUUGGUGAUAUAUAUGCCAAAGUUAAAGAAUAUGAAGACAAGACUAGACAUGCAGAAGAAGAGCUAAUCUCUAGUAAUUCUGAAGAGAACAGAACAAAGCUCCAUGCCAUCAAUGCAGAGUAUAUAAAAUACCUGAAACUGGAGGAAUCCAUGCUAAAGCAAAAAACUCAGUUGCAUUGGUUCAAAGAGGGUGAUGUGAAUUCCAAGUAUUUUCAUGCCUUGAUAAGAGGAAAGAGGAGGAAAUUAUACAUCCACAAGAUCCAGAAUGAGGAUGAUAAUUGGGUACAAGGUGAAGAAAACAUAGCCAAAGCUGCAUGUGAUCACUUCUAA